GGAUGGUGUACGAAUAAAAUACAUUUACUCAUUUUACCGUUGACUUGGCAAAAGACUUUGUUUUACUGUAUGGUCCGAGUUUGCCUAUUUAUAGGCUGCUUUAUCUUCAGCAGCAUAGCCAUUGGUUUCUUGAUUUUUUCACCCGGAGGUAAGUAAGUAUGGCUACUUCUCUUGGGCUCUUGUUGGUGCUAACUGCAAUUUUGGCUAUCAUUUAUAUUGUUCAAGCUCAAGACCAAAUAGGGUUCAUCAGUUUGGAUUGCGGGCUAUCCUCGAAUGAAUCUCCUUAUAAAGAUUCUAAUGGACUUUGGUUCUAUUCGGAUGAAAAGUUCACACAGGGCGGAAAAACUGGUCGAGUCAGAGAAAAUCCUAAGAGAUUCGCGGAGCAAUACAACACGUUGAGAUAUUUUCCAGACGGAAUAAGGAACUGUUACAAUCUGAAUGUGGAGAAGGGACGCAGCUAUUUGAUCAGAGCUACCUUUGUGUAUGGAAACUAUGAUGGUCUUGGCAUGAAACCGGUGUUUGAUCUUCAUCUUGGACCUAAUCUAUGGGCCACGAUAGAUUUACAAAAAGAAGAGAAUGGUACAGGGAAAGAUAUGUUACACAUUGCAACAUCAAACUCGACGCAGAUUUGUCUUGUUAAGACUGGGGAAACUAAACCGCUAAUAUCCUCUUUGGAACUGCGGCCGAUGGGAAAUGGCACGUAUAUCACUAAGUCUGGCUCCCUGAAACGUUACUUUCGGUAUUAUCUUAGCGAGUCAAGCUCUCAGAUCCGGUACGCCAGCGAUAUCUACGAUCGCGUAUGGGAUCCAUUUUUCUUGAAGGAAUGGACACAGCUUUCAACUGCGACAAAUGUGGACAAUUCCAACAGAUACCGUCCACCUGAAAUCGCACUUAAAAGUGCAGCUACACCUACUAAUUCCAGUGCGCCGCUGACAAUUCGAUGGACUUCUGAAAAUCCUGACGAAAAUUAUUACUAUUACGCACACUUUUCUGAGACCGAAGACUUGCAGGCAAAUGAAACCAGGGAAUUCAACGUGACAUGGAAUGGAAUACAAUAUUAUGGCCCUUUUGUUCCAAGUAGGGGGAACCUAAAUACUAUCUCUCGCACGGCACCGGUAACUUGCAAUGGAGGGAUAUGUAGGUUCGAGCUGAUAAGAACGGACAGAUCAACUCGUCCACCUCUACUUAAUGCUUUGGAAGUCUACACUGUUAUUCAGUUUCCACAGUCCGAAACAGAUGAAAACGAUGUGGGUGCAAUUAAAAGCAUCACAGCCACAUAUGCAUUGAGUAGAAUCAACUGGCGAGGUGAUCCAUGUGUCCCUCGACAGUUUAGGUGGGACGGUUUAAACUGCAGCAACACGGAUAUGUCCAUGCCACCAAGAAUCACUACUUUAAACUUGUCCUCAAGUGGUCUAACUGGAACCAUAGCCGAUGCUGUUCAAAAUCUUACGCAACUAGAAACAUUGGACUUGUCGAAUAAUAACUUGACUGGAGGGGUGCCAGACUUUCUAGGCAACAUGAAAACAUUGUUGGUCAUAAACUUAAGCAGGAACAAUCUCAAUGGUUCAAUUCCUCAAGCUCUUCAAAGGGAAGGACUAAAAUUAUUCGUUGAAGGAAAUCCAAGGCUUUGUCUCUCUGAUUCAUGUAAAAAACCACAUAAGAAAAAAAUAAUUGUGCCAAUUGUUGCAUCAGUUGCUUCUGCAGCCAUUGUCAUUGCUGUACUGGUUCUUUUAUUUGUACUCAAGAAGGGAAAACCAGCGAUUCUGCAAGGUCUACACCUUCUACCCAGGACGUCAAGUAUGAAUGCUACAUUUGCUGAAAAGAACAGAAGAAGGUUCACAUAUUCAGAGGUCAUCAAAAUGACAAAUAACUUCCAAAGAAUUUUAGGUAAAGGAGGGUUCGGCAUGGUGUAUCACGGUUCUGUAAAUGGUUCUGAACAAGUGGCUGUUAAAGUACUCUCUCAAUCUUCAACCCAAGGAUAUAAAGAAUUUAAAGCAGAGGUUGAUCUUCUUCUUAGAGUUCACCAUGCAAAUUUGGUGAGUCUAGUCGGGUAUUGCUAUGAAGGGGACCACUUGGCCCUCAUUUAUGAGUUUCUACCCAAUGGAGACUUAAAAAAACAUUUGUCAGGAAAAGGAGGUAGAUCCAUAAUCAAUUGGAGUACACGACUACAAAUGGCUUUGGAGGCAGCAUCAGGAUUGGAGUACUUACAUAUUGGAUGCACACCGCCGAUGGUUCAUAGAGAUGUUAAAACUGCCAACAUAUUGUUGGAUGCGAAUUUGAAGGCUAAACUUGCUGAUUUUGGACUCUCUAGAUCUUUCCAAGGUGGAGGUGAAUCUCAGGACACAGCAGUUGCUGGUACUCUAGGAUACCUUGAUCCCGAAUAUAACCAUUCAGGUCGAUUGGGUGAGAAGAGUGAUGUCUAUAGUUUCGGGAUAGUAUUAUUGGAGAUGAUCACAAACCAACCUGUGAUUAAUCAGACCUCUGACAAUUCCCACAUAACUCAAUGGGUUGGCUUUAAGCUUAACGCAGGUGAUAUUGCUGAGAUUAUGGAUCCAAACCUUCACAAGGAUUACGACUUAAAUUCUGCAUGGAGAGCUCUUGAGCUGGCAAUGUCAUGUGCAAACCCUUCUUCUUCAAAGAGACCAUCCAUGUCUCAGGUUAUUCACGAGAUAAAAGAGUGUCUUGUAUGUGCAAAGUCGGGGACAGGUAAGAAUCUAGAAAUGGAACCGCAGGAAGUAAUGAGCUCGGACGCUUCCAUGGUUCCCAUGGCAAGAUAGUUUUGACUGUUGUCUUCUUGUGUCACCAAUAAAUGAAUCCACAAAUCAAUAUAGCUACAUUUUUAGCGACCAUCUGUAAGCUAGUUAUAGAUCCUAACUACUAAAUUAUGUAUAAACUCGAUGUCUAUAAUUUUCAUUUUGCUUUGAUAAUUGA